CCACCGGGACCUGCUUGGCCGCGGCGGCCGCCUCCGGGCGUCCGCACCUCGGCCCUCGGUUUCGGUCAGACCCGCCCGCUAGCUGGUUUCGAUUGGGGACGGGAGGCCGGAGCGGCCGGGACGCGCGGAGGGAAGCAGAAGCGAGCCGCGGAGUGGGGACGGUCCGGCGCCGGAGACAAAGGGCGCACGGGAAGGAGCGGGGCGCCCGCGCUCGCUUCGGGGGCCGGAGCCGGGGGCGCAGGGGCGGCCAAGGAGGCAGGUGCGGGCCCCGGGAUGCGGACGCCGGUGGUGAUGACGCUGGGCAUGGUGCUUGCGCCCUGCGGGCUGCUACUCAACCUGACGGCCACGCUGGCGCCCGGCUGGAGGCUGGUGAAGGGCUUCCUCAACCAGCCCGUGGACUUGGAGCUGUACCAGGGCCUGUGGGACAUAUGCCGCGAGCAGACCAGCCGCGAGCGCCAGUGCGGCCAGCCCGACGUGUGGGGCUACUUCGAGGCCGAGCUCGUGCUCGUGGCGCGGGGACUCAUGGUCACGUCGCUGGCCGCCACGGCCCUGGGGCUGCUGCUGGCGUCGCUCGGCGUGCGCUGCUGGCAGGAGCGGCCGCGCUUCGCUCUGGCCGGCCUCUCGGGCGUGGUGCUCUUCGCCGCCGGCCUCCUCAGCCUCAUCCCGGUCUCCUGGUACAACCACUUCUUGGAGGACCGCACCGUCCUGCCCGCCGACGCCAGCCCGGUCACGGUGCACGUCAGCUACAGCCUGGUGCUGGGCUACCUGGGCAGUUGCCUGCUGCUGCUGGGCGGCUUCUCGCUGGCGCUCAGCUUCGCGCCCUGGUGCGAGGAGCGCUGCCGCAGCUGCCGCAAGGCGCCCCCUGGCAGCCCGCGCCGCGGCAGCAUCAGCACCGUGCACGUCGACUGGCCCGAGCCCGCGCUCGCGCCCGCCAUCAAGUACUACAGCGACGGCCAGCACCUGCCGCGGCCCGCCGACCUCGGCGCCGCCCGCAAGCCCAGGGUCGGCUUCCCCAUGCCGCGGCCUCGGCCCAGCGCCUACACCAACCAGGUGGACGUGCUCCGCGGGGAGAGGGCCGACACCCCCGACGCCUCCUUGCCGAGCACCGGGUGCUGCCAAGGCUCGCUGCCCUGCGACUCCGACCUGUAGACGGCGGCCCCCCUACCUGCUCUGGCCAGGCUCUGCCCGGACAGAGGACUCGCUCCACCACGUCCAGCCUUGAACUUGUCUGUUACCUUGUAGCCGGAAACACCUGGCUCAGAG